AAACUUCUUUCAUCCACAUCGACAAAGUUGAAAUCGGAUUCGAGCUUGUGCCUUAGCACCUGAUUCGUCGCAUUUUGUAGCUACCGCAUUAAUAAGCAGCUGCAGAAGUUUGCGACUGAGAGGCUCGACCACCAAAUUUGCCUAUUCCUGUCAGCCUGAGAAGAGUCAUAGGUGAUGAGCAAUCCUUGCUAAAUUAUCGCCCCUGAUAUUUUCUGCGUCAUACCUUAGUUUUCUUCGACUCUAUUGUACCAGGGGGUGUCUAAAGAGGCGUUUUUGUCUUGGAUUUAGCUUGUUUCCUCAUAUAAAGCGACAGGCGACAGCGAGCAUCACCAACCAACCGACAGUCUCUUCAUAUCUCGUCAUAGCCACUCUCCUUUCUCCCAUCCAUCCCACGUCACCACUUGCCCAAGAUGCCGGUUGUGACACCAGAAAAGCUAGCCAGCUUGCAAAAGCAAUCGCAAGAUGUCCGAAAUAUCUGCAUCCUGGCUCACGUCGACCAUGGCAAAACCUCAUUAACAGAUGCCUUGCUGGCCACUAACGGCAUCAUCUCGCCCAAAUUGGCCGGAAAGAUUCGGUAUCUGGACUCUAGACCGGAUGAGCAGACUCGAGGAAUCACGAUGGAGUCGUCCGCCAUCUCACUUUACUUUUCCAUGUUGAGACGAUCAGCUCCAGAGGCCACCCCUGAGCCGAAGGAGUACUUGAUCAACUUGAUCGAUUCGCCAGGACACAUUGACUUUAGCAGCGAGGUAUCUACCGCUUCUCGACUAUGUGACGGAGCUGUCGUCCUUGUAGACGCAGUCGAAGGAGUUUGCAGUCAGACAGUGACCGUCCUCCGACAAAGCUGGAUCGAAAAACUCAAGCCCCUCCUGGUCAUCAACAAAAUCGACAGACUCGUUACUGAGCUCAAGAUGACGCCCCAAGAGGCGUAUGUCCACCUUAGCAAACUUCUAGAGCAGGUCAAUGCGGUUCUUGGAAGUUUCUUCCAGGGAGAGCGAAUGGAGGAGGAUCUCAACUGGCGAGAGAAGAUGGAAGAGCGUGUCAAUGCUGCAGCCGCAACAAAAGCCUCCGCGAGUGACACUGCUUCAGAAGUAGGAGACCUUCAAUUCGAAGAACUGGAUGAUGAGGAUUUAUACUUUGCACCCGAAAAGAACAAUGUCAUUUUCAGCAGUGCCAUUGACGGCUGGGCAUUUACCUGCAGACAAUUCGCCAGCAUUUACGAAAAGAAGCUUGGAAUCAAGCGAGGCAUCAUGGAGAGAUGCCUUUGGGGCAACUUUUACUUGGACCCAAAGACCAAAAAGGUCCUCGGGCAGAAGCAUCUGAAGGGCCGUAAUCUCAAGCCCAUGUUUGUCCAGCUGGUUCUCGAGCCCGUUUGGACCGUCUAUCAGGCUACUAUGGGCGUCGAUGGAGGCAAGGGAGAUCCGGCACUCCUUGAGAAAGUCACAAAAUCACUCAACAUCAGCAUUGCUCCUCAUAUCCUUCGAGCAAGAGAUCCCAGACUGCUCUUGACCACGGUAUUCGCUUCAUGGCUACCGCUUUCAACUGCUUUGCUAGUCUCUGUCAUCGAAUCACUCCCCUCACCCCCGGUGGCACAAGCUGAGCGUAUCCCUAGCGUCAUCGACGACUCUCCAGAUUCAGAAUUCGUAGACAAGUCAAUCAGAGAGGCCAUGGUCUCAUUUAAGACGGACAAGUCAGACCCUGUUGUCGCAUAUGUCAGCAAGAUGGUAUCUGUUCCUCAAAGCGAGCUUCCCGAAAACAAGCGCCGAACUGGUCAAAUGACAGGAGAGGAAGCGAGGGAAUUGGCUCGGCAGAAGCGAGCUGCCGCCGCCGCCUUGGCUGCUGCCAACAGCCAAGAUGAUGUGGCUGGUUUGACCGAUGCAUUGGGGUCUGUUAAUAUUGAUGAUGUGACACCAGCCGCCGAGGAGGAAAAGGUUGAUCCAGAGCAUUUGAUUGGCUUUGCCAGAAUCUUCUCGGGAACUCUCUCCGUGGGAGACACAUUAUACGUCAUUCCGCCCAAGUGGACACCAGCCAACCCUCACGCAGCCGAUCCUCAACAAAUCACCGUCAAAUCACUAUACAUGUUCAUGGGAAGGAGUCUUGAGGCGCUAGAUACCGUACCAGCUGGCGUUGUCUUCGGCAUUGGAGGCUUAGAUGGCAAAAUUCUCAAAUCGGGAACUCUCUGCAGCAAGCUCGAAGGUGCCGUGAACCUGGCUGGUAUCAGCUUGGCCGGAAAGCCCAUCGUUCGUGUUGCACUUGAGCCAGUAAACCCUGCAGAUCUGGAUAAGAUGAUCCAGGGAUUGCAUCUGCUUGUUCAGAGUGACCCGUGUGCAGAGUACGAGCAAUUUGCAAGUGGAGAGCACGUCCUACUGACAGCUGGUGAGCUUCAUCUCGAGAGAUGUCUACUAGAUUUGAAAGAGAGAUUUGCGCGAUGUGACAUCCAAGCCGGUGCACCCAUCGUGCCAUACAGAGAGACGAUUGUCAAGGCAGAGGAAAUGCGCCCUCCCGCUAAUAAGGACUUGGGUCGCGGAACUGUUGUUUCUUCUACAAGCUCAAAGCAGGUCAAUCUGACCAUUCGUGUGCAACCUUUGCCUACAAACGUUACCGAAUUUUUGCUCAAGAAUGGCGAUGCCAUCAAGCGAUUACACAAUGUCCGCAAGCUGGCGGAAGAGGAAAGCGGAGAAGAGAGCGAAGAAGCCAUCGAGAUUGAUACAAAGCUUAUUGCUGGCGCAGCCAUAUCCGCAGAAGAACUCAAGACGCAAUUGCAGAAAGAGUUGGAAACCGGAAAAGGCCGCGAAGGGUGGAAGGGAUUGAUUGAUCGGAUCGCAGGAUUUGGACCUAGACGAACAGGCCCCAAUCUCCUCAUCGAUGCCACCAAGGAUGGCAUUCUUCCCAAAAUCUUUGCCUCAGCCAAGGCAUCUGAUGCGGCGUCUGAGUCUCUCGAAAAACUUCAUCCCAGCCAUCUCUCCGACAAAAUCGCAUAUGCUUUCCAGCUGGCAACGGCACAGGGACCAUUGUGCAAUGAACCCAUGCAGGGAGUUGCCGUCUUCGUGGAGGACGUAUCUCUCAACCUCUCAGAGGAUGACACAUCCGCCCGCGAUAAGCUGAGCAGACUUACAGGAGAAGUCAUCAAGGCGUUCCAAUCAUCACUGCGCGCAGGCUUCCUCGACUGGUCCCCCAGACUCAUGCUCGCCAUGUACACGCUCGAAAUCCAGACAUCUACCGAGGUACUAGGCCGAGUAUACGAUGUACUUACCCGUCGCAGGGGCCGCGUGGUGGCCGAAGAAAUGAAAGAGGGCACGCCUUUCUUCACGAUUCAGGCUAUGCUACCGGUAGCUGAGAGCUUUGGGUUCGCAGACGAGAUGCGCAAGAGGACUAGCGGGGCGGCGCAGCCACAGCUGAUUUUUGCCGGAUUUGAGAUCCUGGAUGAAGAUCCGUUCUGGGUGCCGUUUACCGAGGACGACUUGGAGGACCUCGGAGAAUUGGCCGAUAAGGAAAAUGUAGCGAAGAGGUACAUGGAUGGCGUGCGAAGAAAGAAGGGCCUGUUGGUGGAGGGUAGGACUGUCGCCCGAGAUGCGGAGAAGCAAAAGACUCUCAAGAGGUAAAGCAGAGGAGUCAGAGUGGAUAGGCCAGUGGAUAGAACAGACAAACAGACAGAACAGAUAGGAUAGCACCUGAUAGAGUCAGCGGUCAACAAGCGUAAAAACAAACAUGGACAUGGCUUUCCCAUUCCCCCUCUUGCUCUCCCCUCAAGUUUGCCUUGCAUUGGCCUUGGAGAUCUAGCCCUCUCUCAUCCUGGGGUUAGUUCAGCACUACUCCAAAGCUCCACC